AUGCCGGUCAAGACGCCAGCGCAGAACAAGGCCAAGAAGACCGCUGAACAGAGCGGAUACGUCGAGUGGACCGUCUUCUACAAGACCGAGAAGGAGCGCCUCAAGGCCGAGCACCCCGAGUUCGACGGCCGCAAGAUCCAGGCGCUGUGCGGCGAGGCGUACAGGAAGCAGAAGGAGGAGGCUGUCGCUCGUCAGGACGAGUGA